AUGCACACACGGACAGACGACAAGGCCAGUGCCGAAAAAGGCUGCAGCGGCGGCCCCGCCGCCCGCCCGGGCCUUGGUAGGCCGAGAGACACAGUCCCCAGGCCGGGGUCAGGAAGGCGCACGGCGGGCACGCAGGCGCCCGCCCAGAUCCGGGCGCUGGCGGCGCAGGUGGUGGCCGCCAGCACCCUCUCCCCGCCGGGGCCGGAGGAGGCCAAGCGGAAGCUGCGGAUCCUGCAGCGCGAGUUGCAGAACGUGCAGGUGAACCAGAAAGUGGGCAUGUUCGAGGCGCACAUCCAGGCGCAAAGCUCCGCCAUUCAAGCGCCCCGCAGCCCGCGCCUGGGCAGGGCUCGCUCGCCCUCCCCGUGCCCCUUCCGCAGCAGCAGCCAACCCCCUGGAAGGGUCCUGGCUCAGUGCGCCCGCAACGAGGAACGGAGGACAAAGUCCUGGGGGGAGCAAUGUCCGGAGACUUCGGAGGCCGACUCCCGGAGGAGGGGAGGGCCCGGCCCGUGCCUCUCGCAGGACAAGGAAGGAGUGGCACUUCCCCCGGGCCGAGCUACCCCUACAGGAUCAGACGCUCAGGGUCCAGACGCUUUUGUGAGAAUGGAGAAGGGCGUCUCGGUCAGCCCCCGCUGUAGCUCACCCACAACUCUGGACAUUGACAAAAGUGUCUCUCCUCCUUUGGGAACUCGGAGUUGCCCAGCUCCCUCACUGGGUCUGGUUGGAGCUGGCUUCGUGAGGGGCACAGAAGUGGCAGCGAGAGCUACAUCCACUGGGCCACACUGUCCACACAGUCCUGCCCUCACUGAGCCGUCUGAGAGGGCCUGCGCGCUUGAGGACCCGCACCCCCCGGAGGCCCUGGUGGAGAGUCAGGGGCAGUUUCUGGGCAGUGAGACAAGCCCAGCCCCAGAGAGGGGCGGGCCCCUCGGUGGAGAACCCCCUGGGAAGAUGGGGAAAGGAAAUCUGCCCUGUGGCAUGCCGGGCUCCAGGGCGCCUGAAGUGGGCGAAAGGCCAGAGGAGACGACUGUGAGAGCGCAAAGCUCAGAACCCUCUGAUGUCCUGACCUGGCCCAGGCUGCCCGAAGUCCUGACCUCUCUAGGCCCUGAGGAGGCCCCAAGCGGGGCCCCGGCGGGCGGGGGGCCUCGGCAGCACCCCGACAGAGUGGAGGGAGGGACUCCAACGUUGGGCUUGCUUGGGGGCAGCCGCGCAGCACAGCUGGGGACCCGGGAGGUGGAGGCGGGAAUUCCUUCUAGCAGAAUGCUGGAGCCUUCGCCCCGUUGGGAAGCAGCAAAAGAUCAAAAAGAACUUCAGUGCCUUCCUGGGGACAGGGUGAGCGUGCAGCCUGGGAGCUCCAGGGUUUGGCAGGGCCUCAUGGAGGAACCCAGUUUGGCUUGGACGCGUGUCACAGGGGUACAAUCGGAGGGGACUUGGGAAAGCCAGCAGCAGGACAGAGAUGCCCACCCCAGCCGGGAGCUGCUGCCCCCAGAUCAGAAGGACAAGCCUUUCCUGAGAGAGACCUGCAGCCCCAGCAACAUACCUGCUGUCAUCAUUACAGACAUGGGUGCCCAGGAAGACCAGGGCUUGGAGGAGGCACAGGGAAGCCCUCGCAGCAGCAUGCCCCUGAGGAAACUGUCCUCUUCCUCGGCUUCCUCCACGGGCUUCUCCUCAUCCUAUGAGGACUCGGAGGAGGACAUCUCCAGUGACCCCGAGCGCACCCUGGAUCCCAACUCAGCCUUCCUGCAUACCCUUGACCAGCAGAAGCCCAGAGUGAGCAAAUCAUGGAGGAAAAUAAAAAACAUGGUGCACUGGUCUCCCUUUGUCAUGUCCUUCAAGAAGAAGUACCCCUGGAUCCAGCUGGCGGGACAUGCAGGGAGUUUCAAGGCAGCCGCCAAUGGCAGGAUCCUGAAGAAGCACUGUGAGUCGGAGCAGCGCUGCCUGGACCGACUGAUGGCAGAUGUGCUGAAGCCCUUUGUGCCUGCCUACCAUGGGGACGUGGUAAAGGAUGGGGAGCGCUACAACCAGAUGGACGACUUACUGGCUGACUUCGACUCGCCCUGCGUGAUGGACUGUAAGAUGGGCGUCAGGACCUACCUGGAGGAGGAGCUCACUAAGGCCCGGAAGAAGCCCAGCCUGCGGAAGGACAUGUACCAGAAGAUGAUCGAGGUGGACCCUGAGGCCCCGACUGAGGAGGAGAAGGCGCAGCGGGCUGUGACCAAGCCGCGGUACAUGCAGUGGCGGGAGACCAUCAGCUCCACAGCCACCCUUGGGUUCAGGAUCGAGGGCAUCAAGAAGGAAGACGGCUCUGUGAACCGAGACUUCAAGAAGACCAAAACGAGGGAGCAGGUCACCGAGGCCUUCAGAGAAUUCACUAAAGGGAACCAUAACAUCCUGGUUGCCUACCGGGAUCGGCUGAAGGCCAUUCGAACCACCCUAGAGGUUUCUCCCUUCUUCAAAUGCCAUGAGGUAGAUAUUGGGCUUUGCCCUCUGGGGCAGGGAACUGAACGUGCCAACAGAC